AGUUUUUUGUUCUCUCUCCCUGCUGAUUGGGAGUUGUCAUGCGAAGCGUCGAGCGUCGGCGCGCAACCCCUUCGCGUGGUGUAUUCGGAUGAUCUUCCUCCUCGCCUCACCGUUCUAUUUAUAAAGUGCAUGACGCUCAACACCGGCGUCAACGCCGCCGUGCGCGCGGUCUACCCCACGUAUCCAACGACGCUCCUGCAACGUACACUCGAGAAGGCGUGGUUUUGCCAGUUUUGUAUCGGCAUCCUCAUCUGCGUGAACAACGGCGCGUGUUUCACCUUUGGCAUCUUCAGUCCCUACAUGAAGAGAGGCGCCUUCCGCUACACCCAAUCGCAGAUUGACGUGGUGUCCACGGUAGGCGUGCUCCUGAGCUACUUCUCCAUGCCGACGGGCUUCCUGUUCGACCGCCGCGGACCCGCUGCCACACUGCUGGCCGGCACCAUUCUGAACGUGACGGGCUGGGUGGGGAUGUACUUCAUCUUCAAGGACAUGGAGCACCCGCUGCUCUCCAACAGCGUGGUGGUGAUGGCCUUCUUUUUUGGUCUCUCCCAGUUCUCCGCCAGCUUCUACGAGACGGGCAGCGUGUUGACCAACUUGAAGUCGUUCUCGUGCUAUCAGGGACGCGUUAUUCUUAUCCAGAAAACGUUCAUGGGCCUCGGGAGCUCUCUCGUGGCCCAGAUCUAUGUCGCCUUCUUUGAGAAGACGUUCAGCGGCAUUGCCCCAUUCUUUGCUUUUCUCUUUCUCUACUCUGCCGUUGCGGGUACGCUGGCGGUGCUGUACCUGCGGCUGCCCACGCCGGAGACGCGGUGCGUCGGCCUCAACGUUGAGGACGCCGAGACCAAAGCGCGUGGUGGCGGCGAGCCGCGGAUGUUCCGCACGCCGUUCAACGUCGGCACCGCCAUCUUGUGCGUCGGCGUGGCUUUUGUGCUCGUCACGACGCUCGUGGAGAACUUCGUGACGUUGACGGCUGCGAUGCGGGCGUGGAUCGGUGCAGCGACGGUCCUGCUGUGUAUGUCCUUCACCUCGAUGAUCUUCACCACCCCCAGCUACGAAGUGAACCGCCAGAGAGGGGAGAGGGCCGGCGCUGGGCGGGAGGCGGUGGAGCUUGACGGAAUGCCUUCAAGGGCAACGACCACGACGGUUACUGCUGACUGGACCGCAACGGAGCUGGAGGAGGGAGACAGGAGUCAGUGCGUGGUCGAAGACUUGGCUCUCUGUACGGAGACGUCCACGGCGGGGGUGGCGAGCCCGGUGCAGCUGAAGUCUUUUGACAACGACACCGCUGUGGCCAAGGGCACGGUCCACCCGCACGGUGCAGUGGCGCACACCUCCGGCUCCCCUCCCCCCUCGCCGACGGCUGCCGAUGUGGUAAACAACGCACCCGCGUCGGACGAGGAGCGUCCUGACAACCCUUUUGCCCUCCACCUCAACGACGAGUCACUCUGGGUGAACGUCCGCCACCGCGAGGUGUGGCUGCUGUGGUUUGUCUGCUUCGGCGCCUGGAGUGCCAUGACGGUGGUGUCGUCCAACAGCAGUCAGAUCUACCAGGCCCUCGCCUACGACUCCUUCUCGCUGACGGUCAACACGGUCUUCGUCUCCAUUUACGGCGUUGCGAGCGCGGUGGGCCGCAUCAUCGUUGGCUGCUUGCACCCUCGUCUGGCGCGGCACCGCAUGCCCAUUUCGGUGCUGCUCCCACUCGCACCGCUGCUGAACAUCGUGGGUCUGCCGAUGUUUCUGUUGUCGCCGUCGAGGAUGCUUUUUAUUCCCUUCUUUGUGGUGGGCCUCGGUGUGGGCUUUUCGUGGGGCACCACGGUGCUCGUCAUCACCUCCCUCUUCGCUGACCACAACUGUGGAAAGCACUACAGCUUUCUCUACACGGCGGGCAUGCUGUCGCCGCUGAUCUUCAACAUGGCUCUGUUUGGCCCGGUGUACGACCAUUAUGGCGAGCGUCAGGGGCACGUGGGUGGCGGCUCCUGCGAGGGAGUGGUGUGCAUCGCGGCACCGAUGAUCGUGUGCACGGCGGUGAACGUCAUCGCGGCGCCGCUGGCGUAUAUGUUCAUCAAGCGGACAACGGCUCGACGAGGCAUCGUUUAUACCGCGUAA